AUGAUUCACACGUGUGCAACCCCGACCUCAGCCCAGGCUUGUCCACCAUACCUCCCAAAGGCGACUAAGGAGCACCGCAACCCUUCCGAGGCCGACUCAAAUUCUACCAACCCUCCCGAGGCCGAAUCAGGUUCUACCAACCCUUCCGAGGCCAACUCAGAUUCUACCAACCCUUCCAAAGCCGACACAGGUGGUGCCAACCCUCCCGAGGGAGACUCAGGUGAUGCCAACCCUCCCGAGGGAGACUCAGGUGGUGCCAACCCUCCCAAGGGAGACUCAGGUGGUACCAACCCUCCCGAGGGAGACUCAGGUGGUGCCAACCCUCCCGAGGGAAACUCAGGAGCUGCCAACCCUCCCGAGGGAGACUCAGGUGGUGCCAACCCUCCCGAGGGAGACUCAGGUGGUGCCAACCCUCCCGAGGGAGACUCAGGUGGUGCCAACCCUCCCGAGGGAAACUCAGGAGCUGCCAACCCUCCCGAGGGAGACUCAGGAGCUGCCAACCCUCCCGAGAGAGACUCAGGUGGUGCCAACCCUCCCGAGGGAGACUCAGGUGGUGCCAACCCUCCCGAGGGAGACUCAGGUGGUGUCAACUCUCCCGAGGGAGACUCAGGAGCUGCCAACCCUCCCGAGGGGAACUCAGGAGCUGCCAACCCUCCCGAGGGAGACUCAGGUGGUGCCAACCCUCCCGAGGGAGACUCAGGUGGUGCCAACCCUCCCGAGGGAGACUCAGGUGGUGCCAACCCUCCCGAGUGA